CACAUUCUCACAGAGAGAGAGAGAGAGAGAGAGAGAGAGAGAGAGAUGGAUCAUUUGCUGAAGCUGAUAUGGGAGGAACACCGCAUAUUCACCGAUGAAUAUGACAAGAAGAUGACGGCGACGAUCACCGAAGCUCCCAACUGCCAGGUGGUGGAAGUGGAGCCAAUUCUGAAAUUCGUCAAGGACAUCCUCAAGCUCUCCACCACCAUCACUGCUGCCAAAGACGGCUCCAGUGCCCCUGUCGUCGCGCAAGCCAUGGAAAGCUUGAAAUUGAAGACCACUAAACCCGAUUUCGAAUCAUUGGCUAAAACCAUACACGAGAUCUCCUGCAAGAUAUCAAGCAAAUGCUCCGGAGGAGAAGAAGAAAAUAAUAUAAUGACAAUACUGAUUCAAAAACUGUCGAACUAUACUUGGGAUGCUAAGAUAGUUCUGGUGAUGGCCGCCUUUGCCGUCAACUUCGGUGGCUUCUUUUCCUUGAUUGGGGCCAAGAACAAACCGAAGCCGCUGGAGACGCUGUGGAGCCUUAUCGAGGCCAUGGUCAACGAGACGGAGUGUGUCGUUAAUUUCAAAAGGUUCCAUCCAGAAGAGAAUUCCCUCGGGCAAUCAUCGGUUGUCCAACUCCUCCAAACUGCUGUUUACUUGAUUUUCAGGAGUGUCCUCACCUGCGUGCCUCACUUCUUCGGCUUCCUUGUCAUGAGUCACGAGUACACUCCAUCGAAAACUGAGGAAGAGGAGCUCUCCAAAUUAUUGAAGAAACUCAACGACAGUUAUGACCAACUUGAUCGUCACCGUAAGGAAGUUUAUGAGAAGAAAAUAGCCAGAGAAUAUCAAGAGCUCGUGGAACUCUUCGAAAAGACCCAAACUGACAACAUAGAGAUUCUCAAUAAAUUGAUUAAUCCCAAAGAUGGUCUAAAGCCGCUUAUCCAAGUCUCCACACAGCUACAGGUUGACGCUGAAGCGGUGGGGAAGAAAAAUGUGUUAUUAGUGAUAUCGACCGAGUUUGACGUGAAGAAAGAAAAGGAAGAGCUCGGGAUUCUGAUUGAUCUAUGCAAUAAUACAAAGCAAGUGUCUGAAUACGAACUGGUGUUUCUGCCAUUAAGAAAGACGACAGGCUCCAAAGCGGAAGAGUUAAAGAAGAUGCUGGAUGACAAGAAGAUGGUAGAUGAGAAAAAGAUGAAGUGGCACUUGGUGCACCAUGACCACCAGAUCAACCGGGGUGCGGUUAAGUAUAUCAAGGAGGUGUGGCAUUUUAACAACAAGCCCAUCCUUGUGGUGUUGAACACACAAGGUAAGGUAAUCAACCAGAAUGCCUUCAACAAUAUAAGGAUCUGUGGAGCCAUGGACCUCUCUAUAGUCCUAAAGACGGAGGCCCAGCUCUGGGCUGAAGCCACCGCUGCCGCUACCACCUGGGGACCUGAACUCUUGCUUCAAACCAUUGAUGAAGGAAAAAAAAUCCUACAAUGGAUGAAUAAGGAUAAAGAACGAUACGUUUUCCUGUAUGGAGGAGAAGAUAUCAGUUGGAUCAUGGAAUUCAAGACGGGAAUGGAGGAGAAAGCCACCGAUAUCGAUUACGAAAUGAUCUACAUUGGGGCAAGGAACAUAACGAAACGAGUGAAGGAUAACAUCACCUUCAUCAAGGAAAAAAAGCUGAGCAAUUGCUUGACCGUAGAGGACGUCUCGAAAUUCUGGCUCCGGCUAGAGAGCAUAUGGAACUCCAAGAUGCAGGGGAUCACCAAGAGCUCUAUUGAAGAGGACGAGAUAAUGAAGGGGAUCAAGAGCAUGCUCACCUACGAUGGCAGCAUGGAGAAAGGGUGGGGGAUGAUCACUAAGGGAUCCACCGUCAUGGUCAAAGCUGAGGGGAACAUAAUCUUGACCAGCUUGAAGCAGUCUGAUUCGUUGAAGGAAUCUUCUACCCUGAAGGGUGGUUUUAUGGAGGUAGUUAUUGAUAACGUGAAAAAACAAGAAAGCGUCUCCAAGAGUCACUGCAAUCAAAUCAUCUUGCCGGUCACGGCCGGCAAGAUUCCAGAGGAUAUGCCCUGUGAGAAGUGUCACAGUACCAUGGAGAAGUACGUCUUGUACAAAUGCUGUAAAGAAUAUUAGCUUUUACAUCGGAGUCGCCACCAUUCCACCGCUACUACCCCUACAACUACGACGGUGGCGACUAUAUGUGGGAACGGCGAACAGUUCUUCUCUACUACCUCUACUGCUACUUUUACCUGAAUUACUUAUGUGAGAGAAAUCCAACGUGUGCUGUCUGUAAUAAGUACAUAUUUCAUAAAUAAACAAGGUGGAUGAUUUCUUACC